GCCCUACGCCACCGCGCCCAUCGGCGACCGCCGCUUCCAGCCGCCCGAGGCGCCGGGCUCCUGGCAGGAGGUGCGCAACGCCACGCAGUUCGCGCCCGUCUGCCCGCAGAACAUCCACGGCGUGCUGCCCGAGAUCAUGCUGCCCGUGUGGUUCACCGACAGCCUGGACGUGGCCGCCACCUACGUGCAGAACCAGAGCGAGGACUGCCUCUACCUCAACGUCUACGUGCCCACGGAGGAUGGUCCGCUCACAAAAAAACACGAUGAAUCUUCGACGAACAGGCCGAAAGACGAAGAUAUCCGAGACCGCCGGAAGAAGCCAGUCAUGCUCUUCAUCCACGGCGGUUCCUACAUGGAAGGCACCGGAAACAUGUUUGAUGCCAGCGUCCUCGCCGCCUACGGCAACGUCAUCGUGGUGACCAUGAACUACCGUCUGGGCGUGCUCGGCUUCUUGAGCACAGGUGACCAGUCGGCGAAGGGCAACUACGGGCUCCUGGACCAGAUCCAGGCGCUGCGUUGGCUCAACGAGAACAUCGGUCACUUUGGCGGCGACCCCGAGCGCAUCACCAUCUUCGGCUCGGGGGCCGGCGCCUCCUGCAUCAACCUGCUAAUCCUGUCGCACCACUCCGAAGGCCUAUUCCAGAGAGCCAUCGCCCAGAGCGGCUCGGCCAUCUCCAGCUGGUCCAUCAACUACCAGCCGCUGAAGUACACCAAGAUCCUGGCCAAGAAGGUGGGCUGCACCUACGGCGAGACGGCCGACCUGGUGGACUGCCUGCGUCGCAAGAACUUCCGCGAGCUCGUGGACCAGGACAUCCAGCCCGCCCGCUACCACAUCGCCUUCGGGCCCGUCGUCGAUGGCGACGUGGUGCCGGACGACCCGGAGAUCCUCAUGCAGCAGGGGGAGUUCCUCAACUAUGACAUCCUGAUCGGGGUGAACCAGGGCGAGGGCCUGAAGUUCGUGGACGACGGCGGCUCGGAGAGCGAGGAGGGCAUUUCGGCCGCAGCGUUCGACUACACCAUCUCCAACUUUGUGGACAAUCUCUAUGGAUAUCCAGAGGGUAAAGACAUCCUCAGGGAGACCAUCAAGUUCAUGUACACGGACUGGGCCGACCGGGACAACGGCGAGAUGCGCCGCAAGACGCUGCUCGCGCUCUUCACCGACCACCAGUGGGUGGCGCCGGCGGUGGCCACGGCCAAGCUGCACGCCGAGUACCAGUCGCCCGUCUACUUCUACACCUUCUACCACCACUGCCAGACGGAGACGCGGCCCGAGUGGGCGGACGCGGCGCACGGCGACGAGAUCCCCUACGUCUUCGGCGUGCCCAUGGUGGGCGCCACCGACCUCUUCCCCUGCAACUUCUCCAAGAACGACGUCAUGCUCAGCGCCGUCGUCAUGACCUACUGGACCAACUUCGCCAAGACCGGGGAUCCAAACUUGCCCGUGCCACAGGACACCAAGUUUAUCCACACCAAGCCCAACCGCUUCGAGGAGGUCAUCUGGACCAAGUUCAACUCCAAGGACAAGCAGUACCUGCACAUUGGCCUCAAGCCGCGCAUCCGCGACAACUACCGCGCCAACAAGGUGGCCUUCUGGCUGGAGCUGGUCCCCCACCUGCACAACCUCCACGAAGACCUCGUGAGCUCGACGACCACCCGCGUGCCACCGGGCUCCCCGCGAACGCCCCAGUGGAAGCCCGGCGCCCCGCGCACCACGCGCCACCCGUACCCCACCUUCCCGCCGGACACGGACGCCGACGGCUCGGAGCGCCCGCGCGUCUCGCCCUUCCCCGACGACACGCGCGACUACUCCACGGAGCUCAGCGUGACGGUGGCGGUGGGCGCCUCGCUGCUCUUCCUCAACAUCCUGGCCUUCGCCGCCCUCUACUACAAGCGCGACAAGCGCCACGAGAUGCGCCGGCACCGGCUCUCGCCGCAGCGCGGCAGCGCCAACGACCUGGCGCACAGCCAGGAGGAGGAGAUCAUGUCCAUGCAGAUGAAGCAGUCGGAGCACGACGUGCACCACGACCUGGAGCCGCUGCGGCCGCACGACAUCCUGCGCCCGGCGUGCCCCCCCGACUACACGCUGGCGCUGCGCCGCGCGCCCGACGACGUGCCCCUCAUGACGCCCAACACCAUCACCAUGAUCCCCAGCUCCAUCACCGGCAUGCAGCCCCUCCACGCCUUCAACACCUUCCCCGCCACCGCCGGCCACAACAACACCCUGCCCCACCCGCACUCCACCACCCGGGUAUAG